AAUGGCUGAAGAAUAAAUCAACAUGGCAACUAUGGUUCCACCAGUGAAAUUGAAAUGGCUCGAACACCUGAACAGCUCCUGGAUUACAGAGGACAGUGAAUCUAUUGCUACAAGAGAAGGAGUUGCUAUCCUGUAUUCUAAACUAGUUAGCAAUAAGGAAGUAGUACCUUUGCCCCAACAAGUUUUAUGUCUCAAAGGACCACAGUUGCCAGACUUUGAACGUGAGUCUCUUUCAAGCGAUGAACAGGACCAUUAUUUGGAUGCCCUUCUUAGCAGCCAGCUAGCGCUAGCAAAGAUGGUCUGUUCAGAUUCUCCUUUUGCAGGGGCACUUCGAAAACGACUGCUUGUACUCCAGCGUGUCUUUUAUGCACUUUCUAAUAAAUACCAUGACAAAGGCAAAGUGAAACAGCAGCAGCAUUCUCCGGAGAGCAGCUCUGGUUCAGCAGAUGUCCAUUCUGUUAGUGAACGACCUCGGUCAAGCACUGAUGCACUUAUAGAAAUGGGCGUUCGAACUGGUCUAAGUUUAUUAUUUGCACUUCUGAGACAAAGCUGGAUGAUGCCUGUGUCAGGACCUGGCCUUAGUCUUUGCAAUGAUGUUAUUCAUACUGCAAUUGAAGUUGUGAGCUCCUUGCCGCCAUUAUCUUUAGCAAAUGAAAGCAAGAUUCCUCCUAUGGGAUUGGACUGCUUAUCACAAGUAACAACAUUUCUUAAAGGAGUAACUAUUCCCAAUUCUGGGGCAGACACUUUAGGUCGUAGAUUAGCUUCUGAGUUGCUGCUGGGUUUAGCAGCUCAGCGAGGCUCAUUGCGGUAUCUUCUUGAAUGGAUAGAAAUGGCUUUGGGGGCUUCAGCAGUUGUAAAUACCAUGGAGAAAAACAAACUUCUGUCAAGCCAAGAAGGAAUGAUCAGCUUUGACUGCUUUAUGACUAUAUUAAUGCAGAUGAGGCGUUCUUUGGGUUCAUCUGCUGAUCGGAGUCAGUGGAGAGAACCAACUAGAACAUCUGAUGGCCUGUGCUCGCUCUAUGAGGCAGCAUUAUGUCUCUUUGAAGAGGUUUGUAGAAUGGCUUCUGAUUACUCAAGAACAUGUGCUAGCCCAGACAGCAUUCAGACUGGAGAUGCUCCCAUUGUCUCUGAAACCUGUGAGGUUUAUGUUUGGGGAAGCAACAGCAGCCAUCAGUUGGUAGAAGGCACACAGGAAAAAAUACUACAACCCAAACUAGCUCCUAGUUUUUCUGAUGCCCAGACCAUUGAAGCUGGACAAUACUGCACUUUUGUUAUUUCUACGGAUGGUUCUGUCAGAGCUUGUGGUAAAGGCAGCUAUGGGAGACUGGGCCUUGGAGAUUCUAAUAAUCAGUCUACUUUAAAAAAGUUAACCUUUGAGCCUCACAGGUCCAUUAAAAAGGUUUCAUCUUCUAAAGGCUCUGAUGGUCACACUUUAGCUUUCACCACAGAAGGAGAAGUCUUCAGUUGGGGAGAUGGUGAUUAUGGGAAACUGGGACAUGGAAAUAGUUCAACACAGAAAUAUCCCAAGCUUAUUCAGGGGCCUCUUCAGGGAAAGGUAGUUGUUUGUGUGUCAGCUGGAUACAGGCACAGUGCUGCUGUCACAGAGGAUGGUGAAUUAUAUACAUGGGGUGAAGGAGAUUUUGGAAGAUUAGGUCAUGGUGACAGUAAUAGCCGUAACAUUCCAACAUUAGUAAAAGAUAUUAGCAACGUUGGAGAGGUUUCUUGUGGCAGUUCACAUACUAUUGCUUUAUCUAAAGAUGGAAGAACUGUAUGGUCUUUUGGAGGAGGAGAUAAUGGCAAACUUGGCCAUGGUGACACCAACAGAGUGUAUAAACCUAAAGUUAUUGAAGCUUUACAAGGGAUGUUCAUUCGCAAAGUUUGUGCUGGGAGCCAGUCUUCCCUUGCUUUGACAUCAACAGGGCAGGUCUAUGCUUGGGGCUGUGGGGCUUGUUUGGGUUGUGGUUCUUCAGAGGCCACCGCUUUGAGACCCAAGCUUAUUGAAGAACUGGCUGCCACUCGAAUCGUUGAUAUUUCUAUUGGAGACAGUCAUUGUUUGGCUCUUUCUCAUGAUAAUGAAGUUUAUGCCUGGGGCAAUAACUCGAUGGGACAGUGUGGCCAAGGAAAUUCCACUGGUCCUAUUACUAAACCAAAGAAAGUGAGUGGCUUAGAUGGCAUAGCUAUUCAGCAGAUCUCAGCAGGAACCUCACAUAGUCUGGCAUGGACUGCUCUCCCUCGGGACAGACAAGUUGUUGCAUGGCACCGACCUUACUGUGUAGAUCUUGAAGAGAGUACCUUCUCACACUUGCGUUCUUUUCUUGAGAGAUAUUGUGAUAAAAUAAACAGUGAGAUUCCCCCACUGCCUUUCCCAUCAUCAAGGGAACAUCACAAUUUCCUCAAGCUGUGCCUGAAGCUGCUUUCGAAUCACCUUGCUCUCGCACUGGCAGGAGGUGUAGCUACCAGUAUUCUUGGGAGGCAGGCGGGUCCACUUCGAAAUCUCCUCUUCCGGCUGAUGGACUCAACUGUUCCUGAUGAAAUCCAAGAGGUGGUAAUUGAAACUCUGUCAGUUGGAGCAACCAUGCUAUUACCUCCAUUACGAGAACGGAUGGAGUUACUUCAUUCUCUUUUACCCCAAGGACCUGAUAGAUGGGAAAGCUUAUCUAAAGGACAGAGAAUGCAGCUGGACAUCAUUCUGACAAGUUUGCAAGAUCACACUCAUGUAGCCUCCCUGCUUGGCUAUAGCUCGCCCUCUGAUGCUGCUGACCUCUCUUCUGUGUGUCCUGGCUAUGGAAACCUGUCAGAUCAGCCUUAUGGCACUCAGAGCUGCCAUCCGGACACCCAUCUGGCUGAGAUUUUGAUGAAGACCCUCUUAAGAAAUUUAGGAUUUUAUACAGAUCAAGCAUUUGGAGAGCUAGAAAAGAAUAGUGAUAAAUUUCUACUUGGAACAUCAUCAUCAGAGAACAGUCAGCCUGCUCAUCUUCAUGAACUGCUGUGUUCACUACAGAAACAGCUGUUGGCGUUUUGCCAUAUUAAUAACAUUAGUGAGAACUCAAGCAGUGUGGCAUUGCUUCAUAAACAUCUUCAGCUCUUACUGCCUCAUGCCACAGAUAUUUAUUCUCGUUCUGCAAAUUUGCUCAAAGAGAGUCCUUGGAAUGGCAGUGUUGGAGAAAAAUUAAGAGAUGUGAUAUACGUCUCAGCUGCAGGCAGUAUGCUCUGCCAGAUUGUUAACUCCCUGCUGUUACUCCCAGUGUCAGUGGCUCGUCCCCUGUUGAGUUACCUCCUCGAUCUCUUGCCACCUCUUGAUUGCCUUAAUAGACUCCUGCCAGCUGCAGCUCUUUUAGAAGACCAAGAGUUACAGUGGCCUCUUCAUGGAGGGCCGGAAGUAAUUGAUCCUGCUGGUGUUCCAUUACCUCAGCCAGCUCAGUCUUGGGUAUGGCUUGUGGACUUGGAAAGAACAAUUGCUCUCCUCAUCGGGCGGUGCCUUGGAGGCAUGCUUCAGGGCUCCCCAGUUUCUCCAGAGGAACAGGACACUGCAUAUUGGAUGAAAACACCACUUUUCAGUGAUGGAGUUGAAAUGGACACUCCUCAGUUAGAUAAAUGUAUGAGUUGCCUGUUAGAAGUAGCUCUUUCAGGAAAUGAAGAACAGAAGCCUUUUGAUUACAAAUUACGGCCUGAAAUUGCUGUCUAUGUAGACUUGGCUUUGGGUUGUUCUAAAGAGCCUGCUCGAAGCCUUUGGAUCAGCAUGCAGGAUUAUGCGGUUAGUAAAGAUUGGGACAGUGCAACUUUAAGUAAUGAGUCGCUCUUGGACACUGUGUCUAGAUUUGUUCUUGCAGCACUUCUGAAACACACAAAUUUACUUAGUCAAGCAUGUGGAGAAAGCCGAUACCAACCUGGUAAAAGCUUAUCAGAAGUGUACCGUUGUGUAUACAAAGUUCGAAGCCGUUUACUUGCUUGCAAGAACCUUGAACUUAUUCAAACCAGGUCAUCACCACGAGACAAAUGGAUCUCAAACAACCAAGAUUCUGCAGAUGUUGAUCCUCAGGAACAUUCAUUUACCCGGACCAUUGAUGAAGAAGCUGAGAUGGAAGAACAGGCUGAGAGAGACCGGGAAGAGGGGCAUCCAGAGCCAGAGGAUGAGGAGGAAGAACGGGAACAUGAAGUGAUGACAGCUGGCAAAAUCUUUCAGUGUUUCCUCUCAGCCCGUGAAGUAGCUCGUAGCCGUGAUCGAGAUAGAAUGAACAGUGGGGCAGGGUCUGGGGCUCGAGUUGAUGAUCCACCUCCUCAGUCUCAGCAAGAGCGAAGGGUCAGCGCAGACCUACCCGAGGGUCAGGAUGUGUACACGGCUGCCUGCAACUCUGUGAUCCACCGUUGUGCCCUGUUAAUAUUAGGAGUGAGUCCUGUGAUUGAUGAACUUCAGAAGCGGAGGGAAGAAGGACAGUUGCAGCAGCCUUCAACAAGUGCCUCUGAAGGGGGUGGACUUAUGACCAGGAGUGAAAGCCUUACUGCAGAGAGCCGGCUAGUCCAUGCAAGUCCAAAUUAUAGACUGAUCAAAUCGAGGAGUGAAUCUGACUUAUCUCAGCCUGAAUCAGAUGAAGAGGGUUACACACUGAGUGGCAGACGAAAUGUUGAUUUGGAUUUGGCAUCAUCUCAUAAAAAGAGAGGUCCUAUGCAUAGUCAGUUGGAAUCCCUGAGUGACUCUUGGGUCCGUCUGAAACAUAGCAGAGACUGGUUAUACAACUCUUCUUACUCCUUUGAAUCUGAUUUUGACUUCACCAAGUCUUUGGGAGUUCACACUUUGAUUGAAAAUGUUGUAAGCUUUGUGAGUGGAGAUGUGGGGAAUACUCCAGGCUUUAAAGAACCAGAGGAAAGUAUGUCUACAAGUCCCCAGGCUUCCAUCAUUGCAAUGGAACAGCAGCAGUUAAGAGCAGAACUUCGCUUGGAGGCACUUCACCAGAUCCUUGUUCUGUUGUCUGGGAUGGAAGAAAAAGGUAGCCUCUCGUUGGCAGGAAGCAGGUCUAGUUCAGGCUUUCAGUCGUCCACCUUGCUCACAUCUGUGAGACUGCAGUUCCUUGCAGGGUGUUUUGGUUUAGGCACUGUUGGACACUCAGGAGCCAAAGGACAGAGUGGCCGGUUGCAUCACUAUCAGGAUGGGAUCAGAGCAGCUAAGAGAAGUAUUCAGAUUGAAAUCCAAGUGGCUGUGCACAAGAUUUACCAACAGUUGUCUGCUACUCUGGAGAGAGCCCUGCAAGCAAAUAAACAUCACAUUGAAGCCCAGCAACGUCUCCUUUUGGUAACAGUUUUUGCCCUGAGUGUUCAUUAUCAACCAGUGGAUGUUUCCUUGGCAAUUUCCACCGGUCUUCUAAACGUCCUGUCACAGUUAUGUGGUACAGACACCAUGUUAGGACAACCCUUGCAAUUAUUGCCAAAGACUGGUGUUUCCCAGCUGAGCACAGCCUUGAAAGUGGCCAGUACCAGGUUGCUUCAGAUUCUAGCUAUCACUACAGGGACCUAUGCUGAUAAACUGAGCCCCAAGGUAGUUCAAUCCUUGUUGGAUCUACUCUGUAGUCAACUGAAGAGCUUGUUAUCUCAAACUGGUGUACUACUUAUGGCCUCUUUUGGAGAAGGGGAAGGAGAAGAGCUUGAAGAAGAAGAAAAAAAAGUUGACUCUAGUGGAGAAGCUGAGAAGAAAGACUUCAGAGCUGUUCUUAGGAAACAACAUGCAGCCGAACUCCAUCUUGGGGAUUUUUUAGUUUUUCUUCGCAGAGUUGUGUCUUCAAAAGCAAUUCAAUCAAAAAUGGCUUCCCCAAAGUGGACAGAGGUGCUUCUAAAUAUAGCGUCUCAGAAGUGUUCCUCAGGUAUUCCUCUAGUCGGUAAUUUAAGAACAAGGCUCCUGGCACUUCAUGUCCUUGAAGCUGUGCUUCCUGCUUGUGAAUCUGGUGUAGAAGAUGACCAAAUGGCCCAGGUUGUGGAACGCUUAUUUUCCCUUCUAUCAGAUUGCAUGUGGGAGACUCCCAUUGCUCAGGCCAAACAUGCUAUUCAGAUAAAGGAAAAAGAACAAGAAAUAAAAUUACAGAAGCAGGGAGAUUUGGAGGAAGAAGAUGAGAACCUUCCUAUACAAGAAGUUUCUUUUGACCCAGAGAAAGCUCAGUGUUGCUUAGUGGAGAAUGGACAGGUUUUAACUCAUGGCAGUGGAGGAAAAGGAUAUGGAUUAGCGUCAACUGGAGUAACUUCUGGGUGCUAUCAGUGGAAGUUUUACAUCGUGAAAGAAAACAGAGGUAAUGAAGGCACGUGUGUUGGAGUUUCUCGCUGGCCAGUCCAUGACUUUAACCACCGCACUACCUCGGAUAUGUGGCUCUACAGGGCCUACAGUGGCAACCUCUAUCACAAUGGAGAACAGACUCUGACACUGUCCAGCUUUACUCAAGGGGAUUUCAUUACUUGUGUGUUAGACAUGGAAGCCAGGACCAUUUCCUUUGGGAAAAAUGGAGAGGAACCCAAGUUAGCUUUCGAAGAUGUGGAUGCAGCAGAAUUGUACCCAUGUGUAAUGUUCUACAGCAGCAAUCCAGGGGAAAAGGUGAAAAUUUGUGAUAUGCAGAUGCGUGGCACUCCCCGGGAUUUACUUCCAGGAGAUCCCAUUUGUAGUCCAGUAGCAGCAGUGCUAGCUGAGGCCACUACUCAGCUUAUCCGUAUUCUUCACCGAGCAGACCGUUGGACCUACAGCAUUAACAAAAAAAUGAUGGAAAGGCUACAUAAAAUUAAGAUAUGUGUUAAAGAGUCAGGUCAGAAACUAAAGAAAAGUCGCUCGGUUCAGAGCCGAGAAGAAAAUGAAAUGAGAGAGGAGAGGGAGAACAAAGAGGAAGAGAAAGGUAAACAUAACAGGCAUGGCCUUGCUGACCUCUCAGAGCCACAGCUGAGGACUCUUUGCAUAGAGGUGUGGCCCGUGCUGGCAGUGAUAGGAGGAGUGGAUGCUGGUCUUAGAGUCGGAGGUCGGUGUGUUCACAAGCAAACUGGGCGUCAUGCCACGCUGCUGGGAGUGGUCAAAGAGGGCAGCACAUCUGCCAAAGUCCAAUGGGACGAAGCAGAAAUUACCAUCAGCUUCCCAACUUUUUGGUCGCCUAGUGAUACUCCGUUGUAUAAUCUGGAACCCUGUGAACCACUGCCGUUUGAUGUGGCGCGAUUCCGAGGCCUGACAGCUUCUGUGCUGCUGGACCUGACGUAUCUGACAGGCAUUCAUGAAGACAUGGGGAAACAGAGUGCCAAGCGCCAUGAAAAGAAACACCGACACGAGUCUGAGGAAAAGGGGGACAGUGAGCAGAAGCCAGAGAAUGAAUCUGCCCUAGAUGUACGAACAGGCUUGACAGCUGAUGAUGUCAAAGGUCAGGGGGCCACAAGCUCCAAAUCAGAAAACGAAAUAGCUUCAUUUUCCUUAGAGCCAACACUGCCAGGUGUGGAAUCCCAGCAUCAAAUCACAGAAGGAAAAAGAAAAAAUCAUGAACACAUGUCCAAAAAUCAUGACAUAGCCCAGUCAGAAAUCAGAGCAGUCCAGCUGUCCUAUCUCUACCUUGGUGCUAUGAAAUCACUUAGUGCUCUUCUUGGCUGUAGUAAAUAUGCUGAACUAUUGCUGAUACCAAAAGUUCUGGCUGAAAAUGGCCACAACUCGGACUGUGCAAGCUCUCCAGUUGUUCAUGAAGACGUGGAGAUGCGUGCAGCCCUGCAGUUUCUGAUGCGACACAUGGUGAAGCGAGCAGUCAUGCGGUCGCCUAUAAAGAGAGCUUUGGGAUUGGCUGAUCUGGAACGGGCUCAAGCUAUGAUUUAUAAAUUAGUGGUCCAUGGCCUUUUGGAAGACCAGUGUGGGGGCAAAAUUAAGCAAGAAGUUGAUCAACAAGCCGAAGAAAAUGAUCAAGCCCAGCAGGCUCAGACUCCAGUUACCACUAGCCCGUCAGCUUCAAGCACAACUUCCUUUAUGAGCAGCUCCCUGGAGGACACCACAACUGCCACCACUCCAGUCACCGACACAGAAACCGUGCCUGCAUCUGAGUCCCCAGGAGUGAUGCCACUCAGUCUUCUCAGGCAAAUGUUCUCUAGUUACCCAACCACCACUGUACUUCCCACACGUCGGGCACAGACUCCUCCAAUAUCAUCAUUACCAACCUCUCCUUCUGAUGAAGUAGGAAGAAGGCAAAGUCUAACUUCUCCUGAUUCCCAGUCAGCAAGGCCAGCUAACCGCACAGCCCUAUCAGACCCAAGCAGCAGACUUUCAACUUCUCCUCCUCCUCCAGCAAUCGCAGUUCCCUUGCUGGAAAUGGGAUUCUCUCUCCGGCAGAUUGCUAAAGCCAUGGAAGCCACAGGUGCUCGAGGAGAAGCAGAUGCCCAGAAUAUCACUGUCCUGGCCAUGUGGAUGAUAGAGCACCCCGGGCAUGAGGAUGAGGAAGACCCCCAGCCAGGCAGCACAGCAGACACCAGGCAUGGCGCAGCAGUUCUGGGCAGUGGUGGGAAGUCUAAUGAUCCCUGUUACUUGCAGUCCCCAGGGGACAUACCAUCCGCUGAUGCUGCAGAGAUGGAGGAAGGCUUCACCGAAAGCCCUGAUAAUCUGGAUCAUACAGAGAAUGCAGCUUCUGGAAGUGGACCACCAACUAGAGGUCGUUCAGCGGUGACAAGAAGACACAAGUUUGAUUUAGCAGCUCGCACAUUACUGGCAAGAGCAGCGGGAUUAUACCGCUCUGUGCAGGCUCACAGGAAUCAAAGUCGGAGAGAAGGAAUAUCUUUGCAGCAAGACCCAGGGGCGUUGUAUGACUUUAAUUUAGAUGAGGAAUUGGAAAUUGAUCUUGAUGAUGAAGCAAUGGAAGCUAUGUUUGGACAAGACCUGACCAGUGACAAUGAUAUUCUGGGAAUGUGGAUCCCAGAGGUACUGGAUUGGCCUACCUGGCAUGUUUGUGAGUCUGAAGACAGGGAAGAAGUGGUGGUGUGUGAAUUAUGUGAAUGCAGUGUUAUCAGCUUCAAUCAGCACAUGAAGAGAAACCACCCAGGCUGCGGGCGCAGUGCAAACCGCCAAGGCUAUCGAAGCAAUGGCUCCUAUGUGGAUGGCUGGUUCGGUGGUGAAUGUGGGAGCGGAAAUCCAUACUACCUACUGUGUGGCAGCUGCAGGGAGAAGUACUUAGCUCUGAAGACUAAAUCGAAGGCAACAAGUUCAGAAAGGUACAAGGGACAAGCUCCAGAUCUAAUUGGCAAGCAGGACAGUGUAUAUGAAGAAGAUUGGGACAUGUUAGAUGUUGAUGAGGAUGAAAAGCUAACAGGUGAAGAAGAAUUUGAAUUGCUUGCUGGACCACUUGGUUUAAAUGACCGGCGCAUUGUACCAGAACCAGUUCAGUUCCCUGACAGUGACCCACUGGGAGCCUCGGUAGCAAUGGUCACAGCUACCAACAGUAUGGAAGAGACUCUGAUGCAAAUAGGUUGCCAUGGCUCUGUAGAAAAGAGUUCCUCAGGGAGAAUAACGUUAGGUGAGCAGGCAGCGGCCCUUGUAAACCCUCAUGAUCGGGUGGUAGCUCUAAGGAGAGUGACUGCUGCUGCACAGGUUCUUCUGGCUAGAACCAUGGUCAUGAGAGCGCUGUCUCUUCUCUCAGUCAGUGGUUCCAGUUGUAGCCUGGCUGCAGGUCUUGAGUCUCUGGGGCUGACCGAUAUCCGAACACUGGUUCGAUUAAUGUGUUUGGCUGCAGCAGGGAGAGCUGGUCUCUCCACAAGCCCUUCUGCUACAACAAGCUCCUCAGAACGUUCACGUGGUCACAGCAAAGCCAACAAGCCCAUCUCCUGCCUGGCCUAUCUGAGCACAGCAGUGGGAUGCCUGGCAUCAAACACUCCUAGUGCUGCAAAACUGCUGGUGCAGCUGUGUACGCAGAACUUGAUUUCUGCUGCAACAGGUGUAAAUCUAACCACGGUCGAUGAUCCAAUUCAACGUAAGUUUCUACCCAGCUUUCUCCGAGGAAUUGCUGAAGAAAAUAAGCUUGUAACCUCCCCAAACUUUGUUGUAACUCAGGCCCUUGUGGCAUUACUAGCAGACAAAGGAGCCAAACUAAGACCUAACUAUGAUAAAUCAGAAGUUGAAAAGAAAGGCCCACUGGAGCUGGCUAAUGCCCUGGCAGCCUGCUGCCUCUCCUCCAGGCUGUCCUCACAGCAUAGACAAUGGGCUGCUCAACAGCUCGUGCGCACUCUUGCCGCACAUGACCGAGACAACCAGACUGCUCCACAGACAUUGGCAGACAUGGGAGGUGAUCUCAGAAAAUGCUCCUUUAUCAAGUUGGAGGCUCAUCAGAACAGAGUGAUGACAUGUGUUUGGUGUAAUAAAAAAGGUCUCUUGGCUACAAGUGGCAAUGAUGGCACCAUUCGGGUAUGGAAUGUUACCAAGAAGCAAUAUUCACUGCAGCAGACAUGUGUGUUCAACAGAUUGGAAGGGGAUGCUGAGGACAGCCUUGGGUCACCUAGCGAUCCAAGCUUUUCACCUGUUUCUUGGAGUAUCAGUGGGAAAUACCUAGCAGGGGCUUUGGAAAAGAUGGUGAAUAUCUGGCAAGUUAAUGGAGGAAAAGGAUUAGUAGAUAUUCAGCCUCACUGGGUAUCUGCCCUGGCUUGGCCAGAAGAGGGUCCAGCAGCAGCCUGGUCGGGAGAGUCUCCAGAAUUACUGUUGGUGGGACGGAUGGAUGGAUCUCUAGGACUGAUUGAAGUUGUUGAUGUGUCCACCAUGCACCGUCAAGAACUGGAGCAUUGCUAUCGAAAGGAUGUGUCUGUUACUUGCAUUGCUUGGUUCAGUGAAGACAGACAAUUUGCAGUGGGGUAUUUUGAUGGAAAGUUGCUGCUGGGAACAAAGGAACCCCUUGAGAAAGGAGGCAUUGUUCUCAUUGAUGCACAUAAGGAUACUCUUGUCAGUAUGAAAUGGGACCCAACAGGUCGUAUUCUUAUGACAUGUGCCAAAGAAGAAAAUGUGAAGCUCUGGGGACCUAUGUCGGGAUGCUGGCGCUGUGUGCAUUCACUCUGUCAUCCAUCUACUGUGAAUGGCAUUGCUUGGUGCAGCCUUCCAGGGAAAGGAUCCAAGUUGCAGUUACUAAUGGCUACUGGCUGUCAGAAUGGCUUAGUGUGUGUUUGGCGUAUCCCACAAGAUGCCACACAGACCAGUGUGACUAGCGCUGAAGGAUGGUGGGACCAGGAGUCACAUUGCCGGGAUGGAUAUAGGAAAUCGACAGGAGCCAAGUGUGUUUACCAGCUGCGGGGGCACAUCACUCCAGUUCGGACUGUUGCGUUUAGUUCUGACGGCCUGGCCCUCGUAUCUGGUGGGCUUGGUGGGCUCAUGAACAUUUGGUCUUUAAGGGACGGCUCAGUCUUGCAAACUGUUGUUAUAGGCUCUGGAGCCAUUCAGACUACAGUAUGGAUUCCAGAAGUUGGAGUAGCUGCUUGCUCAAAUAGAUCAAAGGAUGUUUUGGUUGUAAAUUGUACAGCAGAAUGGGCUGCUGCCAAUCACGUUUUAGCGACCUGUAGAACAGCCCUGAAACUACAGGGUGUGCUGGGAUUGAACAUGGCUCCCUGCAUGAGAGCAUUUCUGGAGAGGCUACCCAUGAUGCUUCAGGAGCAGUACGCAUAUGAAAAGCCUCAUGUGGUUUGUGGUGACCAGCUUGUUCACAGCCCCUAUAUGCAGUGUCUGGCUUCCCUUGCUGUGGGACUUCAUCUGGAUCAGCUGUUGUGUAGCCCUCCAGUGCCACCACACCACCAGAACUGCCUCCCUGAUCCUGCAUCCUGGAAUCCAAAUGAGUGGGCCUGGUUGGAGUGUUUCUCCACGACCAUCAAGGCUGCUGAAGCCCUAACCAACGGGGCCCAGUUUCCAGAGUCUUUCACAGUUCCAGAUCUGGAGCCUGUUCCAGAGGAUGAACUUGUGUCCCUAAUGGAUAACAGCAAAUGGAUCAAUGGCAUGGAUGAACAAAUCAUGUCUUGGGCAACUUCCAGACCUGAGGACUGGCACCUGGGAGGUAAAUGUGAUGUCUUCCUGUGGGGCGCUGGUAGGCACGGACAGCUGGCAGAAGCUGGAAGAAAUGUAAUGGUACCUGCUGCAGCUCCCUCAUUCUCACAGGCCCAGCAGGUCAUCUGCGGUCAGAACUGUACCUUUGUCAUCCAGGCCAAUGGCACAGUGUUGGCUUGUGGGGAAGGAAGUUAUGGCAGAUUAGGACAAGGGAAUUCAGAUGACCUUCAUGUGCUGACAGUUAUUUCAGCCUUACAAGGCUUUGUGGUGACCCAGCUGGUGACUUCCUGUGGUUCUGAUGGGCACUCGAUGGCCCUGACGGAAAGUGGAGAAGUCUUUAGCUGGGGAGAUGGUGACUAUGGUAAACUUGGCCAUGGAAACAGUGACAGACAGCGGCGGCCACGGCAGAUCGAGGCCUUACAAGGAGAAGAAGUGGUACAGAUGUCUUGUGGCUUUAAGCACUCAGCAGUGGUAACUUCAGAUGGCAAACUUUUUACCUUUGGGAAUGGAGAUUAUGGACGCCUGGGUCUUGGAAACACUUCUAACAAAAAACUUCCAGAGAGAGUGACUGCACUGGAAGGAUAUCAGAUUGGACAGGUGGCCUGUGGGUUGAACCAUACUUUGGCGGUAUCAACAGAUGGCUCCAUGGUAUGGGCUUUUGGAGAUGGAGACUAUGGAAAACUAGGCUUAGGAAAUUCCACUGCGAAAUCUUCUCCUCAGAAAGUCGAUGUUCUUUGUGGAAUUGGAAUAAAAAAGGUUGCUUGUGGAACUCAGUUUUCUGUUGCUUUGACCAAGGAUGGUCACGUGUAUACUUUUGGUCAAGAUCGUUUGAUUGGCCUUCCUGAGGGGCGUGCCCGCAAUCACAAUCGGCCACAGCAAGUACCUGUCCUUGCUGGAGUGGUCAUUGAAGAUGUGGUGGUUGGAGCUGAGCACACACUUGCUUUAGCAUCAACUGGAGAUGUGUAUGCCUGGGGCAGCAAUUCAGAAGGGCAGCUUGGCCUAGGCCACACCAAUCAUGUUCGAGAACCAACCCUGGUAACAGUUCUGCAAGGGAAGAACAUUCGGCAGAUCUCAGCUGGCCGCUGCCACAGUGCCGCGUGGACAGCGCCACCUGUCCCACCAAGAGCACCAGGUGUGUCAGUGCCCCUGCAGCUGGGCCUGCCUGAUGCAGUACCCCCACAGUAUGGGGCUCUGAGAGAGGUGAGCAUCCACACCGUGCGGGCCCGGCUCCGGCUGCUCUACCACUUCUCCGACCUCAUGUACUCAUCCUGGAGGUUGCUGAACCUCAGCCCCAACAACCAGAACAGCACAUCUCAUUAUAAUGCCGGGACAUGGGGCAUUGUGCAGGGACAGCUGCGACCUUUGUUAGCUCCAAGAGUCUACACUCUGCCAAUGGUGCGCUCCAUAGGAAAAACCAUGGUUCAAGGCAAAAACUAUGGACCUCAAAUUACUGUAAAAAGAAUAUCAACCAGGGGCCGGAAGUGUAAGCCCAUCUUUGUUCAGAUAGCAAGACAAGUGGUUAAGCUGAAUGCAUCAGACCUCCGUCUGCCCUCCCGAGCGUGGAAGGUUAAGCUGGUCGGGGAGGGGGCUGAUGACGCUGGAGGAGUGUUUGAUGACACUAUAACAGAGAUGUGCCAGGAACUUGAAACUGGUAUAGUUGACCUUCUCAUACCCUCUCCUAAUGCCACUGCAGAAGUGGGUUACAAUAGGGACAGAUUCCUUUUUAACCCCUCUGCCUGCCUUGAUGAGCACUUGAUGCAGUUCAAGUUCCUGGGGAUUUUGAUGGGGGUUGCCAUUCGCACAAAGAAGCCUCUGGACCUCCACUUGGCUCCUCUGGUGUGGAAGCAGCUGUGCUGCGUCCCGCUCACCCUGGAGGACCUGGAGGAGGUGGAUCUGCUCUAUGUGCAGACCCUCAACAGCAUUCUUCAUAUUGAAGACAGUGGCAUUACAGAGGAGAGUUUCCAUGAGAUGAUUCCUCUUGAUUCUUUUGUGGGCCAGAGUGCUGAUGGCAAAAUGGUUCCCAUAAUCCCUGGUGGAAAUAGUAUCCCGCUCACAUUUUCCAAUAGGAAGGAGUAUGUGGAGAGGGCCAUUGAGUAUCGGCUCCAUGAGAUGGACCGGCAGGUGGCUGCAGUCCGAGAAGGGAUGUCCUGGAUUGUCCCUGUGCCACUGUUGUCCCUGCUCACCGCGAGGCAGCUGGAGCAAAUGGUGUGCGGGAUGCCCGAGAUCUCCGUGGAGGUCCUGAAGAAGGUGGUGCGGUACCGCGAGGUGGACGAGCAGCACCAGCUGGUGCAGUGGUUCUGGCACACACUGGAGGAGUUCUCCAACGAGGAGCGGGUGCUCUUCAUGCGCUUCGUGUCUGGACGCUCCCGGCUGCCGGCCAACACGGCUGACAUUUCUCAGAGGUUUCAAAUCAUGAAGGUUGAUAGGCCUUACGACAGUCUGCCUACCUCACAGACCUGCUUCUUCCAGCUGCGGCUGCCCCCCUACUCCAGCCAGCUGGUCAUGGCCGAGCGCCUGCGCUAUGCCAUCAACAACUGCCGCUCGAUCGACAUGGACAACUACAUGCUCUCGAGGAACGUGGACAAUGCUGAGGGCUCCGACACCGACUACUGACCUCGGUGCUGCCACCUUCUUCCUCAGUGACAUUCACUUCAAUACGAUGUUGAUAUACUUUUAUGGUAACUACAUAGAUGUUUUAGGAACGUAAACCGACAAGAUAAACAGUACCUUAGUUACUCUAAAGGUAACAAAGAAAUUAGAUGUUUUUAUUUUUCUGUGAUUGUACAAAAACAACAAAAGCAAAGUGCUUUCGGUCAGGUUUAUCCCUCCAUAUUUUUGGUCACUUUUGAUAAGUUUGCAUGGAAGCAUUUUGGUGCAUUUUUAGUUGGGAAUGAUACAUUUUUGUAAACCCACCCAGUGAACACAGAAUUGUACAUUGUGUAUAAUUGUUCAUUAGAAAGGACAGUUUUACAUGAAUAUUCAUAUAUUUAUUUUGUUUUAAUUUGAAUUGCCUGUGCAGGGUCCCUUAUGCAGAGAAAUAAAGCAGAUUCAGGAGUCAGUGGGCGGCUGCUCUGUUGGUCCCCAUGGAGAAGCAGACCCAGUCUCACACGGAACAGCUUUGCCCUGGGCCCAUCUCACUCUGUGGCUUUCAACCCACUUAGAGACGAUCCUUUUCGGUGAGGCCCAGCCUCUCAGGCCGCGUCGCACCUGGUGCAGGUGCAGCGCACCCAGCCGGAAGUAUACGGCCAGCACCACCAGGCGCCCUGCCUGAGAAGACCCGGGAAGACGGUCUGGAGAACAGGCCACAAACAACUGUCAUCUCUGCCAAGGUGGCAAGUGGGAGGGGCAGCUGCCCCGAGUAGGCACGCGCCCUGUUAUCGUGAGAAUGAAUGAGGGUCAGUGCCAGGCUGGUGUCCUGCAGUGAUGAAGGGGGACACUGCAGGGAGCCACAGUGAGGCUUUAGCUGCCCACUGUGAGCUGUGUCUGGUCCCCUCCACCCAUACCAAGUCCAGGCCACAUGCUGCGUCUGGGGGACCUCAUGGGCAAGGUCCUUGCCGACAGCCAGUCUCUCCCACGAGAAAAGAGGAAACUACAGCAUUGCAAGCUAAUAUGUAA